AUGGCGGCGUUGGGCGCGGAGGGCGCUGCGGCGUGUUAGGGGCCCUCCCCGGUUCCUCCGCCCGCCGGGCAGCGGAGCGGGAGCGGCUGGUGCGCUAUAUAAGGGCCCAGCCCGGCCUGACUCGGCCCGGAUAACCCGCAGCCGGAGCCCGGCGUCUGGGUUGGACGAGGUGAGCGGGCACCGAGGCAAAUGUGCAAUACCAAGAUGUCCUCCCUUACGGAUGCCUCUUCUGUCACCGCUUCGGAGCAAGAGGCGCUGGUUAAACCAAAGCCGCUAUUGUUGAAGUUGUUAAAGUUAGCUGGUGCAGAAAAGGACACUUUUACUAUGAAGGAGGUAAUAUUCUAUCUUGGACAAUAUAUUAUGUCUAAACAAUUAUAUGAUGAAAAACAGCAACAUAUUGUACACUGUGCAAAUGAUCUCCUGGGGGAUUUAUUUGGAGUAACAAGCUUUUCAGUAAAAGAACACAGGAGACUAUAUUCAAUGAUUUCCAGAAAUCUGAUAGCAAUCAAUCAACAAGAGUCUACGCUUGCUGAGACACCUGAGGAUGAUGCCAGAUUUCAGCUUGAAGAAGAAAAUGUUCUUACGGAAACUAUGCAAGAGUUAGAUGAGAAGCAGACUUCAUCAAACGUGACUUCCCGACCAACUACGUCUUCUAGGAGGAGAACACACAGUGAAUCUGAAGAAAAUUCUUCAGAUGACCUGCGUAGUGACAGAAGAAAACGACACAAGUCAGACAGCAUUUCGUUGACGUUUGAUGAAAGUCUCUCAUGGUGUGUAGUCAGUGGUCUGUGCCAUGAAAGAAGCAAUAGCAGUGAUUCAACAGAUUCUCUUUCCAUUCCUGAUCUUGAUGCCAGUUCAUUAAGCGAAAAUUCUGAUUGGUUUGACCACAGUUCUGUUUCAGACCAGUUCAGUGUAGAGUUUGAAGUUGAGUCUAUUUAUUCAGAAGAUUAUAGCCAUAAUGAAGAAGGACAGGAGCUCACAGAUGAAGAUGAUGAGGUAUAUCAGCUGACUAUUUACCAGGAUGAAGAUAGUGAUGCUGAUUCAUUUGAUGAAGAUCCAGAGAUUUCUCUAGCUGAUUAUUGGAAGUGUCCCGAAUGUAGCGAAAUGAAUCCUCCACUUCCACGACAUUGCCACAGAUGCUGGGCCCUGCGUGAGGACUGGCUUCCAGAUGAAAAGAGUGAGAAAUUGGAAAAGAGCAAAUUGGAAAGUUCCUUACCUCUAGAGUCUGAAGAAGGUUUUGAUGUUCCUGACUGCAAGAAAGUGAAAAUGACUGAAGAUAAAGAACCAGCUGUGGAGGAGAGUGAGGAUAAAGCAGUACAAACUUCCGAGUCCCAGGAAAGUGAAGAUUAUUCCCAGCCAUCAACAUCGAGCAGCAUGUUCUGUAGCAGUCAGGAGGACUACAAGGAACCUGAGAAGAGAGAAGGGCAAGACAAAGUGGAAAGCACGGAAUCCAGCCUGCCCGUUAACAGCAUAGAGCCCUGUGUCAUAUGUCAGAGCAGACCUAAAAAUGGCUGCAUAGUACAUGGCAAAACAGGACACCUCAUGUCAUGUUUUACGUGUGCAAGAAAACUUAAGAAGAGGAACAAACCCUGUCCGGUGUGCAGGCAGCCCAUACAAAUGAUUGUACUAACUUAUUUUAGUUAGAUGGAUGUUGACUGGAAAGCAGCAAAAGGAACUUCAUAAACUGGUUAAGAGAGUAAGAAACUUAUUUUUAUAUGCUUAUGGGAAAAUUAAUAUUUUGGUCUCUUUACAUUUGGUAUAAGUGCACUGGAGUUGUUAAGAGGUUAGCCUAAUAUUCAUAAGUCAGCUUGAAGAUUUUAAAUCCCUCUCAACAGAAAUAACCAAUUCCUGUAAACUACCUGCUUCCCCAAGCGUUUUAUGUUCCAUACAAGUUAGGGACGUUUGUGUUACUGGAUUAAAUAGACAUUAAAAACCCAAAUUCAAUGAUUAUGAGAGAAGGGACAUGUUGAGGAGUUUGCUUAUGAGUUCCUCCUCAUAAGAAGAUAAAACAUUCUCCAGACUCCAGUAUCUGUUGCCAGGUGAAGACACCAGGCUCAGUCAGAACCCUCUGAAUAAGUCAAUAAAAUAAAUAAAUAGAAUCUUGUCUCCCUCGUUCCCAAAACUUAAAUUCCUCCAAGUAACCAAAUUACGGGGGAGAUCUUACCAGGAAGGGAGGAAAGAUGUGAUAGAAAAUAAUUUAAGGUUUUGGAAAUAGAAAAGGUUAUUGUGUUUUUUUUAUUUUUGUAGUGUGCAUUGUAAACUUCGGGGCUGUGUGUGUCCUGAGAAGUCACUGAUCCACAUU